AUGAACGGCAAGGAACUACCAUCCUCAUCACCUCUUGUCAAGCUGCGGCCGUUCCUGGACAGCAGCGCUGAAGUCCCGGUGUUACGAGUUGGCGGGAGACUGAGGACGGCUCAUCAUCUGGCCAGUGAGUUUCGGUGUCCCUUGAUAUUACCUCAGAAGCAUCGGGUGACGGAAUUGGUCAUUGCAGAAGAAGAUCGGCAAUGCUCACACUCGAUUGGUACCAACCACCUGCUAUCGAAGCUAGCUGACAAGUUCUGGAUCGUAAAGGGGAGACAGACGGUAAAGCGGUAUCGUCAGGCCUGUGUCGGCUGUAAACGUUUGUGGAACAAGCCGUACUCACCAGCGAUGGGUCCGCUACCCAAUUUCAGAACCGAAGGUCAGCUACUCGCCUUCUCACGUACAGCAGUCGACUUUGCUGGGCCGUUUUACGUAAAACGUGGCCGCGGACGUGUCCAGGAAAAGCGGUAUGCAGCGAUCUUCACAUGCCUGCAAACCAGGGCUUGCCAUUUCGAGGUAGUGUACUCCUUAGACACGGACGGUUUUAAAAUGGCCCUGGUACGCUUCACCAAGCGCCGUGGAACCCCAACCAUGAUCCUCUCAGAUAAUGGGACGAAUUUCGUCGGGACAGAGCGGGAGUUGCGUGAAGCUGUACAGAGUCUUGGUACUGGUGAUGUCUCAGCAGCGUUGGCAGCCCAAGGGACACAGUGGGUUUUUAACCCCCCGAGGGCGCCUCACACUGGUGGUGUGUUUGAGCGGGUCGUUCGCUCAUUGAAACAAGUACUGCAGACAGUCUUGUAUAAAGCGGAUCUUACCGAUGAGGAACUGCAUACUGCUCUUGUUCAGGCGGAAGGGUUACUCAACUCUAGGCCACUAACUGCGGUUUCUACUGAUGCCGCGGACCCUCAGCCAUUGACGCCUCACCAUUUUCUGGUGGGACACGCUCGAGUCACGAGUCCACUGGAGGAACAGGCAGAGUUGGCUGAGCGAGCUCAUCCUCAUCGGCGUUUCGACAUCAUCCAGCAUUUACUGAAGGUAGUUUGGAGGCGCUGGAAGAGAGAGGUUGUCUCACGGUUGAACCUGACUACCAAGUGGCAACGUGCUCAGAGGUCAGCUCAGGUUGGAGAUGUUCUGCUAUGCCUCGACGACCAUCUUCCACGAGCAAAGUGGCCAUUGGGAAGAGUGGAAGCCGUCUACCCAGGCAAGGACGGAGCGACACGUGUGGUGGAUGUCAACAUCCGGGGAAAAGUCUACCGUCGGCAUGUUCGCUACCUUGUGCCUCUGGAAGUGGAGCCGUCGAGUGACCGAGUUAACAGCUUGGAGUCGGUCGUGAAGAUGCGUGACCUGUGA